UCGUGACAGUACUCACAAAAAUUGAACCCAAAAGAAAGAAGAGGCAUUGAAACACAGAGCAGUUACUUUGACGGGUAGCUUACCAUACACGCAACCUCCAAGUUCCAAGUCCAACGACAUUCACCUUCUUCUUAAAUUCCCCUCCUUCACUCCCCACGAACAACAGAUUAUGUCAGGGAGAAAUCUCCGCCGGAGACUGCGAGUCAACGUCUCCCAUGGCCGGAAUACUAGGCCUCCUAAACCGUCGCCGUCUUCACGGAGGCGGACGUCCCCGCCGAUGCCGAAAUCGGCCAAGUAUGCAAAGCCUCAGAGGAUUAUGAAGCGAUGCUACUCCGACUCUAUGCUGUUGAGUUGCAACGGCGAAGGUGUUAGCGAUGAUCAAGAGGGCAGUAGGUUGGGAUCCGAUCGUGGAGAUUUCGGUGGUAGUGUUGGAGUGCUGUAUCGUCCGCAGACUUGUACGGACGUGUUUGCAUCGACUUCUUCGUUGCCGGGAAUCUCGACCGAGGGGAUCCAGGGUUACAAGAAAGAUGCAAAGGUGGUGGUAAAUGUAACAGUUGAAGGAAGUCCAGGACCUGUUCGGACCAUGGUUAAAUUGGGGUGUUGUGUGGAGGAGACAAUCAAGCUUGUCCUGAAGAAGUACAGCGAAGAACAACGAUCCCCGAAGGUUGACAAAAAUUCACCAUCCUCAUACGAAUUGCAUCAGUCCAAUUUCACCCUUCAAUGUCUAGAUAAAUCAAAAUUGAUUGGGGAAACUGGUAGCAGAAGCUUCUAUCUCCGACGAAUUAGUAGUAAUCUUAAUACAAACAAAGCAUCAAGUUCUUUGACCUCGGAUAUUGCUCCAGCAGGAACAAGCUCACCUCCAGCUGUUCAGCCGACCAUAAUUUUAUUCUCGGCUUUCAUUGCCCGGAAAUUCUGUAAACUCAUAAGAAGAACCGGUGGUGAUGUCGAUGGAGGAUACUGUGAGGGAUCUGAUCAAGGCGGCGGUGGAGAUUUAUGCCAAGGACAAGAGGAGGCCGUUGUUGAAUCAGACUGAUCCCGACUUGUUUGAACUUCACUACUCCCAGUUCAGUUUGGAGAGUUUAAGGGCAGAUGAUAAGUUGAUAAGCUUAGGAUCUAGGAAUUUCUUUCUGUGCAUGAAGCCAUUUGCUUCUUCAUGCUCUGAGGAAGCAAAGAUGGCAACCCAAACCUCCUUACCCCUCACAAGGUUAAUGGAUUUCUU